AUGGCGCACCAGACGGACGUCCAGUCCCCGUCGAAAAAGCUCGAAUCUAAGCUCAAGAAGUCGAAGGAUUCUACAAAAGAGGAGGGAAGUGCAGACGCACAGGAGUCGACCCCCAGUAAAAAAGAUGCCAAGUCCGACAAGAAGGACAAGAAAAAGCGCAAGUCCGUUUCCGAGGAUGCGACACCCGAGACAGACGGCGAAUUGAAGAAAAAGAAGAAGCGCCGCCAUAGCGAAGAUGACAACGAUGAGAAUGGCAAGGACGAAUCGCACAAGCAAAAGAAGAAGCGGGUUUCGUUCGGACCUGGAACAAAGGAAUUCGACGGUGACUCUGAAAGCGAAUCGGACGAGGCUGACAGCAACGACGCUGUCGCAACCGACGGAGCCGACGCAGACGUCGAAGACGCUGGAGACCUGAUGUUCGAAGAGAUGAAGGAGCACAAGCGGAACAAGAAGAAGCAAAGGAAAAACGGCACCGCCGAUAUCCCAAUCCACGAGACGGCUAUCCUCUCGUACCUGAGCCAAUACCACCGUGCACGCGCGACAUGGAAGUUCCAAAAGAACCGGGAAACAAACCUGUUCAAGCACAUCUAUUCGCUUGAGGAGGUCCCCUCCAAGUACAACACAUCGUUGCUGGCGUACAUGCAGGGCCUGAAAGGUGAUGCCGCCAAGCAGCGAAUGAGCGAUGCUGCGAGGCUGGUGAUCAAGGCCGAUAUGGAUCUCGAUAAGCCCAAGGAGGAUGAAGAAGCAGAGGGUCAGGAGCCUAAAGGCCCAAGCCUCGAGUACCUGGAAGCUAUCAAUGCGUUCCGCGAGUGCUUGCCAACGGGAAGUGAGGACUUGGACAACGUCAACUUCGGAGAAAAGUUGGAGGGAGACGUCCAAAAGCGUUUGCCGAAGAGGCAGCGAGCAGAGCUGGUCUUUUUCGCUGUUGCCGGCAAGCUUUUCAGUGCUGAGGAUUUGAAGAAGCCGAAGAAGCCCAGGGCUGCCGAGCCCCCGGUGAACAAGAAGCGGAAGAACAGAACUAUGGUUGUUGAUAUCAGCAGCAGCGAAGAUAGUGAUGAUGAUGCCCCGGCUCCCAAGAAGGCUGUCAGCAAGCCUGCGCCGGAUAGCGAUGAUGAGACCUCGUCGAGCGGCAGCAGCAGCGACAGUGACAGCGACAGUGAUAAAAAGCCAUCUGCUCCCCGGGCCCCGGCCAAACAAAGUGCCGCGAACACACCUUCAUCGUCCGCCCCCAACGGUGGAAUGUCAAAGAAGGAGGCCAAAGCUGCCAAGAGGAAGGAGAAGUUUGUACCAGUCCGCGAGGAGAAGCUUAAGCCUGCUGUGCCGAAAAAGACACAGAAGCGAAAGCUCAGGACUGCUCAGAUCGAAAUCUCGAGCAGCGAAAGCGACAGCGAGUAG